AAGGCGACCUUUACCAUGCAACUUUUCUGCACAAGAAUAAACUGAUAUCAGAAAAGGUGAAGUAUGAACACAAGCUACAGAACGGUUGCUGUCCUCCAAAGACACCUCAGGAGAGCUGUCAGUUUGUCCUCCUAUGCCCUUCUCUUCCCUGGACAGGGGUCCCAAUAUGUGGGCAUGACUUGCAAGCUGCAAGACCUCCCUGGCACACGCACCAUCUUCAGGACAGCUGAGAGAGUGCUGGGUUAUGACCUACAGUCGCUGUGUCUACAAGGACCUCGAGAGAUGCUGAAUCAGACGGUACAUUGCCAGCCAGCAGUGGUGGUAGGAUCAUUAGUGGCUCUACAGCAACUGGAGGCCCAGUCUCCUGAGGUACUGUCUGGAUGUACAGCGGCUGCUGGCUUCAGUGUGGGAGAGAUUACAGCUCUUAUAUUUGCAGAAGCCCUCUCAUUGGAACAAGGCCUCCAGCUGAUCAAGACAAGAGCUGACUGUAUGCAAGCUGCCUGUGAGGAGAUGUCAGGAUCCAUGCUAUCCGUGGUUGGCCUGGAAACGGAAGUGGUUCAGUCGCUGUGUGAUCAAGCCAAUGCUGCCACAACGCCACCUCCUAAAGUCUGCAUCGCUAACUACAUGUUCCCACGAGGGCUGGUCGUGUCCGGAGGUAGUGACGGUGUGAGGUGUGUGGAGGAGGGGGCGGUGAGAGAAGGGGGAGUGGUGAAACAAGUGGCAGUAUCUGGAGCAUUCCACUCCUCAUUAAUGUCCUCAGCCGUACCCAAACUAACUCGUCUAUUGGAGACAAUGGAUGUAACAAUGCCACGACUAUCAGUCAUCUCCAAUGUAACGGGGCGACCUUACUCAUCAGUUGAGGAAAUACGACAAUUGCUCGCUGAUCAGGUGACCCAGCCGGUACUGUGGGAGGCUUCACUGAGGGGCAUACUAGAUAAUGGACCUUUGACCUUUGUCGAAGUGGGACCUAACAAGCAACUGAAGACUAUUCUUAAACGAAUCAACAGAGACGCUUUCAAAUCAUGCAUUUCUGUGACUGUAUAACUUAUAAUACUCCUGAUCUCAUUUGUCAUAUUUCAUUGUAAUAUAAUACUUUCCUGAUCUCAUUUGUCAUAUUUCAUUGUAAUCAUCAUCAACUGAUCAUUAGCGAGUUUAAGUGUUUAAUGCCUUGGG